AUGCGGCCGUCGCGCAUUGCCAUCCUCGCCCUCUUCUCCGCCGCCUCCGUCUUCAUCCUAUUCCGUUCCUUCACCUCCGCGAACCGACGCCAUGCCGCCGCCUAUCCUGCCGAAGGCCGCUCGAGGCACCUCUUUGGCUUCGUCUACUACAACACUCCCUUCUCGCUGUUCCCCCCAAACGCCGCCAUCAGCUUGACCGACGACAACAGCACCUCGUUUGCCGCCCGCCCGGCUGCCUUUGGCCCGAAGCUCGCGGCCCGCGGCUUGAGCGGCCAGCUCUGGGUUGGCAGCGGCUUCGCUGAGGACAGCCUCGACGGCAAUGGCGAGCUGGGCUGCAGCGACCUUCCCGGCUGGGGCAGCGGCAACACGAGAGCGUCGUUGAAGAAUUCGUUCCGAACGAGUGCCGCUCGCGUCGCUGCCACGCAGGUAAAGUCGAGCCACCCCAAGCGCGGUCGAGAGCUUGACGGCUCGGGUGAUCACGAGGCCACCGUCAAAGGCCGUUCCGUGUCCGGUACCGCUGCCGGCUCCGAUAAUACCGACAACCACCUCAACGACAAGACGGCCGGCGUUCUCUCGCGGCGCGAUGCGUCCUCCCCUCCCCCGCAGCACGCGGAUAUCCAGUCCAUCCAAGAGGCCGCCGAGAUCGAGGGCAAGAUUGUCCUUCUCAUGCGGGGCGGGUGCGGCUUCCUGGAGAAGGUCAUGUGGGCACAGCGACGCGGUGCCAUCGCCGUCAUCGUCGGCGACAAUCAAAAGGGCGGGCCCCUUAUUCAGAUGUUUGCACAUGGCAGCGAGGUCGACAAUGUCACCGUCCCGUCUGUGUUCACUGCGCGAACGACCGCGCACCUAUUGUCGUCCUUGACGCAGCCGGGCAGCUUCAUCGAGGACACGCUUGACGACAACGGCAACCCAGUCCUCAAAGUGCAGCAAGGCCCCAAGUCGAGGCCACACAAGAAGCGCUCGCUCCGGAAGAGACCUGCAGCGUCUCGCAGCACGCGCUCGUCGACUCCGAAGACGAAACGAGCAGUAGUCAACGACAAGGCGGGCAGCUCGACGCCCAGUACGUCUGGCAAACGCGGGUGGUUUCCCAGCCUGUUUAGCUGGGGCAAAUCGGCUCGGGCAAUCGGCGACGAGAGCCGGCCGCCCAGCAGCGGUCGCUUGGACUGGGUCCUGGUCGAGGACUGGAGCGACGAGAAGGACAAGGCGCUCAAGGACAGCAUCGGAAAGUCGUCCAAGUCAAGCUCGGCCAAGGACGACUUCGUCAUUGGCGUGCAAGACUGGCGGGACCCUGACCUGGUGGACAAGACUGGCGCGAAGAAGGGCGCCGUCGCGGACAAGACGGCUGGCCAGAAACCAGCCUUCAACGCCAAGGACCGCACCGACGGUGCCGGCAAGACCGCGCCCGAGGCUAACGGCCCCAAGGGCGGCAGCAUCACCCCGGGAAGCGGCGAGUAUAACCCUGUCAAUGUUCUUCAUAAAGAUAGCAAGGACGCCGCUGGCGCCAAGCCAGCCUCGGCGAACGCAGUGGCCGGGGCCAAGGGCCACGGGCUCAUGUCCAAGCUAUUCGGCGAUGAUGGCGACCAUAAGGGCUCGGGCGCUCAUGGCAGGGCUGACGACCACGACGAGGAUCCCACGGACCCGGAUCACGACCCUGAAACCGAGCCUCAUGAAGGCCUGUGGGUGACCAUCACCCCUACAAGCAGCGCAACGCCCUUCUUCGACACGCUUCUCGUGCUUGUCAUCAGCCCGUUGGUAACCCUGACCGUGGUAUACGCGCUCCUGAUUGUUCGCGCGAGGAUUCGUCGCCGACGAUGGCGAGCACCAAAAUCCGUCGUGGACCGUCUGCCUGUGCGGACAUAUCACACGGUUGCUUCUUCGACCAGCUCGUCUCCGCGGCUGCCGUCGCCGGCGAGCGCAACCCCAACAACGCCACUUCUGCAGCAGCAGCACAGUGCAUCGCGGCCGCGGCCGCGCUCGAGGACCACCACGGGCGUGCUGGAGAGUGAGAACUUCCUGGCCCCCAGCGCCGCCGUGCCCACGCCGUCAGGAUCUUCGAGGGCGCGAAACGAGCACGAGAAGGGCGCGGGAGGCUUCUCGGCGGAGUGGAGGAAAUACAUGGGAAGGCAAGUCGAGUGCGUGGUCUGCCUGGAGGAGUACGUCGAUGGCGUGAGCAGGGUCAUGAGUCUGCCCUGCGGCCACGAGUUCCACGCCGACUGCAUAACCCCUUGGUUGACGACCCGUCGACGCACGUGCCCCAUCUGCAAGGGUGACGUCGUCCGGUCCCUGGCGCACGGAUCUAGGAACGGCCCACGAUACGAGCCUUACCAUGAGGACAGCGACGACGACCUCUCGAUCGAGGCGUCGGGCUCGGGCUCGGGCUCGGGCUCGGGAUCGGGCUCGUCAGAGCGGACCCCCGACCUCGAACAGGGCGUGCUUUCGCCACGGCCCAGAGACCCGGAAGAGCCCUCUCGAUCAGAUAGCUGGUUCGGGUUGCUCUCUAGCAGCUUCGCCGCCAGAGCCAGGCGGCAGUCACCGCCCCCGUCGCCAGGAGAUCGCAGCCGAUGA